AUGAGCACGCCACUCAAACGGGCUCUCAGCAAAGACGAGAGACGCGUCAGCCCGCCUCCUACUAGAAGAAAGACCACACAAGAUGAGGCAUCAGAAUCAUACCAGAUACCUCCUUCGCAACAAGGAUAUCUACGUAUCUUUAGCUGGAACGUCAACGGCAUAGGUCCUUUCCUACAACGCUCAAUAUCAUUCUCCAAGACCACCCCUUUCAGGUCUCCACUACGUGACUUUCUACUCCGCCACCACUGGCCUCAUAUCCUCUGCCUGCAAGAAGUCAAGAUCAACCCCAAGGACACCGCGACUCAACGAGCCCUCCAACAUGCUGCUAACCUCGAUUCAUCCGUGCCCAGCAACAACACAUCCCCUGCCUCUACAACCCCUACGUACACCAUCCACUACUCCCUCCCGCGCGACAAAUACAACGCCACCGGCUUCGGCGGCAAAGUCCACGGCGUGGCAACCUUGAUCCGGGAUGACCUGGCCCAAAGCCUGGGCAUCCCCUCCCUGACCACCAGCACACGCCGCGUAGACUGGGACCUCGAGGGCCGUGUGCUCAUCACCACCCUUGCCUUUCCCCUUUCCCUCUCCUCAACCCCACCCACCUCAAAUCCUAUCAACACCACCACCAGCAAGACCCAUCUCCACCUCAUCCACGCCUACUGGCCCAACGGCACCACCCUCCCCUACCGUCGGGGCCCGCCAUCAGUUAUCCCGAGAUGA